AUGAGCUACCAGGAACGCAAGGACUGGAUGGUCCAGGUCGAGACUGCGAUCCCUUCACCCAGUACAGCAGAACUGGCAGCAAGAGAUGCAGCAGAUGCUGAGAGAGAGACAUAUCCCGAGGGCGGGCUCAAGGCAUGGCUCAACCUGCUGGGGGCAUUCUGUGCCAUGGCCUGCACAUUUGGCUGGAUCAGCACAUUCGGCGUCUUUCAGGCAUACUACUAUACGCAUCUGCUCAAGGAAAACACCCAUUCUCAGAUUGCAUGGAUAGGCGGGCUGCAGGCCUUCUUCAUCUGCACCACCGGCCUUAUAUCAGGGCCAUUGGUGGAUAGAUAUGGCCUCAAACCGAUUCUGGUCCCGUUCUCCCUUCUGGCACUGCUGUCAGUGAUGCUCACCUCCAUCUGUCGCGAGUACUACCAAUUCAUUCUCACCCAGGGCGUACUGGGCGGUUUCAGCGUUGGCAUGCUCUACACUCCAUCAAUUUCCAUCAUGGGCCACUACUUUCACCGCCGCCGUGACCUGGCCAUCGCCAUAGCCUCUGCCGGAUCCCCGUUGGGCGGCGUUGUCUUCCCCAUUGCCCUGCUCCGGAUGCUAGAGCAUUCCCGUAUUGGCUUUGGCUGGGCUGUGCGGGGUGUAGGAGUUAUAUUCCUUUUCUUCCUGUGCAUUGCCUGCGCGACAUUGACGCCUCGUGUUGCUCCGCGGAGAGGGCCACAUUUCCUGUCUGCUGCCUUCAAGGAUCCCGUCUACGUAUCCCAGCUCAUAGGCUACUGUUUGAUAUUCUGGGGCAUAUAUACCCCCUUCUUUUUCCUACCGUCCUUUGCUAUACGAGCGGGUGUCAGUGUUGAUUGGGCGUUUUAUAUCCUUCCGAUAUACAACACCGGCUCAUUCGUGGGGCGCAUCGUCUGUGGACGGCUGACCACGAUAUGCGGCAGGUUCAAUACCCUGCUGGCUGCAAUCCUGGUCUCUGCCAUUCUCAUGUUCUGCUGGCUUGCUGCCACCACUCUUGGAGGCAUCAUCGUGUUUGCCGUGUUGUUUGGGUUUUCAUCAGGAGCCAUCAUCGGUCUCUUCCCCGCAGCCGUGGCCGUUACCGCUCCCAAGGCAAACCAGAUCGGAACAUAUCUGGGUAUGACAAUGGGCGUACUGGGGUUUUUCUGUCUCACAAGCUCGCCGAUGAUGGGCGCCAUCGUGACGAGGUGCGGAGGCCGGUACACUGAGGCAAUCGUCUUUAGUGCCGCCCUUAUCGUCGUGGGCGGCGGGAUGAUUGUCUUUGCCAGGGUAAAGCAUUCGGGCUGGAAACUGAUUGCUUGA